GCGACAAGGAAGUGCUAUUGUGCGCGUCCUUCACUUUGCUAUGUGGUACUGUAACUAAGUCGUUACGAAAGUCUUGUUUUUGUAGUGUAGCAACAGUAUUACGCUGAUUUUUCAGGAUUAUGGAGUGACAGGAGCAAAAAGCAGCGUUGGUCAGAACGAAGAAAUCCUCUGGGAAGUUUUAACCUUUCAUUAACAGCAGCUACUGCAGCUCCUGUUUUAACUCAUCCUGCCUUCUCAUUUGUGAAAUCUCUGUAAGAGUCAAGUAGCAAUGACAGCUCCAAGUUCAGCAGAGAGGAAGGCCUGCUGGGAUGCCAGGGACAGGCUGUGGAAAUGUCUGGAUGACAAUGAUGACAAAGCUGCAUCAUGCCAGAACUUUCAAAGCGAAUUUGAGGCGAAAUGCCCCACUCAGUGGGUAAAAUAUUUCAUAAAGAGGAGAGACUUCUUGAAAUACAAGGAGAAGAUGCAGACAGAAGGCUUCACACCUGCUGAGGGUCCCCAGCAGCCUUCCUAACAGCUGAACAGCAGCUAGUGAAAAUCUGCAGACUGACUGACUUUAGCCUGAUUCAGACCAAGGCCAGAGGUGCAGGACAUGAAGAGCAGUUUUUUAACUUGAUUGUGGAUAAGUCCCCUUUAUCAUUAUUUGUACAGAAACAUAACUUGCAUUAGGAUACCAUGCAUAUAAAUAUCUCCAAAUGGCAGCGAGAACGACCUGUUUGAAAAUUGUUUGAGCUUCCAUCCCCAGAAAUAUGUGCUGUCAGCUCAUGUUCACCAACCCAGCUGGUCUGAAAUGCUUUGUAACCAAGGAAACCAGAAGGAGAAAAGAGAGAAAAGAUCCACAGUUAACGAAUCCAGUCAGCUCACCUGAAAAUUACAUGUAAUGUUGUCAUUGUGGACAAACUUAAAAUGUAUUAUUUACAAUUAUCUUGUAAUAAUUAUGAUAAUGGAGCCUUUAAACUUAUUCACACAUACAGUACAUGCACACAAACACUUAUCGUAAUACUGUCCAAGAUGAUUUUUCUGUGAUUUUGUUGCUUGAAAGCAAAACCUCCUCUCCAUUUCUGUUAGCAGCCAUUGUAUUAUGUGUCUAGAGCACAGUGUGUUCUUCUGUUCUUUGGGGUGAAUUAAUUUUUUUUUUGCAUUCAAAGCAGUCACAAUUCUUGAUCAAUUAAAUUAUACUAAGGUGACAAAAAAAAUGCAGGCUGAUCUUUACUAAUCGCUGAUUCUUAUUUUGUAAUUCCAGAACAGUGCCUCGUUAGGCAAAAUCUCAAAAGUCUGACGUUUGUGAAUAAAUAAAAUAAACUCA